AUGGCUUUCCUCGCCGGCCUCGCCGCCCUGCUCUCCGCGCUCCUCGCCGCCGCCCUCCGCCGGUGGCGCCCCGCGCCGGCGCCCGCCGCGGGGUUCUUCCACCCGUACACCAACGACGGGGGCGGCGGGGAGCGCGUGCUCUGGUGCGCGGUGCGCGCCGUGCAGGAGCUCUGCCCGGGCCUCCCCUGCGCCGUCUUCACCGGCGACGCCGACGCCUCGCCCGACGGCCUCGCCGCCCGCGCGCUCGACCGCUUCGGUGUCCGCCUCCUCCGCCCGCCGCAGGUUGUUCACUUGAACAGGAGAAAGUGGGUUGAAGCAAGCACAUAUCCUCACUUCACAAUGAUUGGGCAAAGUCUUGGCUCAGUUUAUCUUGCAUGGGAAGCUCUUAGUAAAUUCACCCCACAGUUUUAUUUUGAUACAAGUGGCUAUGCUUUUACAUAUCCACUGGCUCGGUUAUUUGGCUGUAAGGUCAUCUGCUACACUCAUUAUCCAACAAUUAGUUCUGACAUGGUUGAACGUGUUAAGCAACGCAGUUCUAUGUACAAUAACAACUCUCGCAUUGCUGGAAGCAUAUGGUUGUCUCGGUGCAAAAUCCUCUACUAUAGCGCAUUCAGUUGGUUCUAUGGUCUGGUUGGUUCAUGCACACAUCUUGUGAUGGUAAAUUCGUCAUGGACAAGAUCCCAUAUUGAAAACAUUUGGAGGAUACCAGAGCGUACUAGGAGGGUAUAUCCUCCAUGUGAUACUUCUGCCCUGCAGAUGCUUCCACUGGAAAGACCAACAACACCUCCUAUUCUUAUAUCAGUUGCACAGUUUCGGCCAGAAAAGGCCCAUGGACUUCAGCUUGAGGCAUUUGCAAUUGCUCUUGAUAAGCUAGGUCCAGGUUUUCCCAAGCCAAAGCUUCAAUUUGCUGGAAGUUGUCGGAAUAAAGAGGAUCUGGAAAGAUUACAAAAGCUUAAAGACAGAUCCACUGAACUACACAUAGAUGAGCUUGUGGAGUUCCACAAGGAUAUCUCUUACAGGGACUUGGUACAGCUUCUAGGUGGUGCUGUUGCUGGGCUCCAUUCAAUGACAGAUGAGCAUUUUGGAAUAAGUGUUGUUGAAUACAUGGCUGCUGGUGCUAUUCCAAUUGCCCAUAAAUCAGCAGGACCAAUGAUGGACAUUGUGCUAGAUGAGGAUAGCCACCAGACAGGUUUUCUAGCCUCUGAGAAGGAAGAAUAUGCGGAGGCAAUUGUCAAGGUCUUGAGAAUGCCGGAGGCAGAGAGGCAAGAAAUGGCAGCAGUGGCACGAAAACGCGCCCAAAGGUUUUCUGAGCAGAGGUUCCAUGAAGAUUUCACAGAUGCAGUUCGCCCAAUUUUGACAUCGACAAGAUCUUGACAAGCCAAGGAGUUUCCUCUGGACUCUAUGAGACAGUAAAAAGUUUCACAUGAUAUAGUACUAUAGAAGUGAGUAGUGACUAUGAGGCUAACUGACCAAGUACUGGACCUUGCAAGCAGCAUUCCAGCAUCUGUUGAAGUGUUGCGUUUUUGUUUUUGAGUUGCCUUAUUCCGGAUUACUUAGGUAUUGUGUGUGUCAUGUACUGUUGUACAGAUAACAAACCAGAGAUGAUAGAUUGGUGACUUCGUUUGGCAUUGUCUAUCGUUUGGAUUCGCUUUGUAAGUGUUCCAUUCCAGUUUCUUAUGACUUGGGUUCUUUAAAUGUUUUCUUUUCUCCUUCAAAAUGAAGGAGUGUGCUAUACUUUGGGCUUCUAAAUUGAUCAGAAAUCUCACCUAAGUUGUACUGGUUAGCUCUUCUCAUGUAGUCAUAUGCACUCAAGGUGUCAUGAAUACAAAGAAUAUCACAGUUGUACUCCCUCCGUUCAGAAAUUUGUUUAGCAAAUAUGAA